UUUUCCCGUCCCGGAGGGUUUUCACCGUUAUGCCUUUUGCAGCAACAGCCCAGAAGCUCCCGACGAUUUACUACAGUAUCUUUCACGAGUAGAAGUACAGUGGUUUUCACAGCAAACUCGGUGCCACGAAUAACAACCUGGGGCUAAAACCGUGCUGACAAGUCACAAGUCAUAAGGACGGCAAUCAGAUGGGUCGCCGAUUCACUGAAGUCGAUUGUUACGGCUGUUGCUAGGCAGGCGCGUUCUGCGCCGUGACGGAGGCGGUGUGAUGCGCGGUGGCUGUUGGGUUGGAGUCGGUUUAAAGUGGGUUUGAGGGGGACUGACUGGAGGCGCUUCGCUUUGGAUCGGUCGGAUUGGGCCUAGGCCAUUCCCCGUAUUGGAGGAGCUUCCACAUCGCAAAGUGAGUGCGGGAAGAGUUCGGCGAGCGGCCGAGGAAGCGCCAUGAGUUCCAACUUCGUGAAGCGCACUCAGGACUCGCUGGGGAAAGUGAUCAAGAAGCCACCGCUGACCGAGAAGCUGCUCAGCAAGCCGCCUUUCCGUUACCUGCACGACAUCUUCACUGAGGUUAUAAGGAUCACUGGGUUCUUGAAAGGCCUGUAUACAGACUUUGAGAUGAAAUCUGAUAAUGUUAAGGAUAAAGACGCUAAAAUUGCAUUCCUACAGAAGGCUAUCGAUGUAGUGAUGAUGGUGUCUGGCGAUUCUUUGUCUGUGAAACCUGCACGUGUUGUGGCUGGUCAUGAACCAGAGAAAACCAAUGAGCUUUUGCAAGCUAUUGCAAAAUGUUGCCUUAACAAGCUUUCCAGUGAUGAUUGUGUGAGAAGGGUCCUUGCUGGAGAAACGACAGAUCUUAAAGCAAAAACACCAUCUGGCUCCAGAUCUCAGGGGAAAGAAAACAGAGAAAAAAGUGAUGAGCGUAAGAAGCAAAAAGACAAAGAACAAGAGGAAAAGAAUGAGAAUGGAAUUAAAGACUCUAGCAGAGAUCGUAAAGAAAAGGAAAUGUCAAGGGAACGUGGAAAACAAAUUGAUAAAGAAAGGGAUCGAAACAAAGAUAGUGAUAGACGAGAAAGGGCUAAAGAACAGGAGAGAGACCGAGCAAGAACAAAAGAAAGGGAUCAAGAAAACCACAAAAAUCGUGGGGAUGGAGAAAGAGUGGAAAAAGAAAAAAGUCGAGGUACAGAAAAGGCGGACAAAGGCAAGAUUAGAGGUGAUGGAGAAAUGGACAAAGAACGAAAUAAAGAGAGAGAGAGAAACAGAGACAAAGAAAAAUUGAAAGAGAAAAGGGAGAAGGACAAGGAGCAUGACCGUUCAAAAGACCGUGGUAGAGACCAAGAAGUGGAAAAGGAAAAAGCUAAAGAACAGGAGAAAACAGAGAGACGGUCCAAAGUUACUGCAGAGGACAAACCAGCCAUACAGCCUUCAGAAAUUACAAAGAAAGACAACAAAACCAAUGCAGAGCAGGAGGUUGAAAGCCCUGUGAGAAUUCCCAGACCUUCAUCAGCAAAAGGUCAAAGAAGGAAGCCAAAAUCAGGAGCUGAAGAUGAGUCUGAUGUCGAAGGAGAUCCUGAAGCUGUCCAGUAUUCAACUGAGAAGAAGAAUGCAGCUGAGGUGAAUGGAGAUAUUUCAGAUGAACAUUUGCCUCAAGCUGUUCAAAGCAAGCGAAUAUCUCGACCAGGAAGUGCAAGGCCUGCACCUCCCAGAGUAAAGAAACAAGAAAGUGCAGACUCUCCUUCAGAAAGAGCUGGUAGUGCAAAGCCUGUAACUAAUGUUAUAGUGGAUAAAGGAAAAAAUGCUGAAGAGGAAGAGGAUGAUGAUGAUGAGCAGUUUGUGGUGGAAGAAACUGUUUCACAACUUCCAGAUAUGCCUGAGAUGGAACCUGUGGCAGUAGUAGAACUGCAUGAUGGUGAAGACCAUGGUGGACUUGUCAAGAAGAUUUUGGAAACCAAGAAAGAUUAUGAAUAUUCAAAGUCUGCAACAAAACAAAAAGAUCAGGAGAAAACCAUCAUCUCUGAAACAGCGAGAAGGAAGGAGAAGGAGCUAGUAACAAAGGAAAUACAAAAGCUACGAACAUCCAUCCAGACCCUGUGCCGCAGUGCCUUGCCUCUUGGAAAGAUAAUGGACUACAUACAAGAAGAUAUGGAUUCCAUGCAAAAUGAGUUAUCAAUGUGGCGCAAGGAAAACAAAAAGCAUGCAGAAACUCUCCUGAAAGAACAAAGCAUUACAGACAGUGCUGUGGAGCCAUUAAAAUCUGAACUUGCUGAACUAGAACAGCUGAUCAAAGACCAGCAGGAUAAGAAUUGUGCUGUCAAGGCAAACAUACUGAAAAAUGAAGAUAAGAUCCAGAAGAUGAUUUCAAGUAUCAACUUCUCUUCAAGAACGUGAGGCAGAAAGAUUCUUGCACAUUUGGCACAGUCAUUAACGUGGUUCAACUAAUAAUGUGAAGCAAUUAUGGCUAGGAGGAAUCUUGUAGCAGAGCAGACUAAUUGGGUGCAAAGCAUUAUUUUGCAUUCCAGUCUCUCAGUCGUUUGCAUUCCACUAGAGAGCUUAUUAUACUGUACAUUUAAAGAAAGCAAAUGAGCAGGUAAAAUAAAAGCAUUGUUUAUAAAUAGCUCUGAAAGCAGGAGUUUUACUGUUUUUCUUUGCUUGCUGAAGUUCAUGAAGACUAUUUUAGCAAAAACAUUCAAUGUGUGCACAAAAUGAGUUGGUUAAAAUUGAAGGGAGGCAUUUUACCCACUUCAUAUUUGAUUGAUUGUUACUCUUUAUUCUGCCUAUUUCUGAAUGUUUUUAACAAGCUUCAAGGUUCCCUGCAACAACAUGAGCAUUGCAUUAAUUACCUCAACACCAAGGCAUACAGGCAAACCAACCUCCCGCUUGUUAUCCGUGGCACUUAGCACCGCAGGGGUUUAUUUUACCAUUGUAGACUGAUGGGUUAGGCUGCCUAGAAGUAUCUUUUUAAAAAUGCUGGUAUCUUUUUCAUAAAAUAUAAUUUUGUUAUUUUUCAUCCUUUGGUGGAUUGUACAUCUGAGCAUAGCUCAAAGUAAUUGAGUCUCCUGUAAUUCACUGGUUAAGGCAACUGGUUGAGAUUUAUCUUCUAGUUCUAAUUUUAAAAAAGCAUUAUAAAAAUAAUAGAAAUGCAACACUUUAAUGUUCAUUUAUAAAAAUAAGUGGAAUUGGUGAACUAAGGGCCGUAAUUUUAUCUAGGUGUUGAUUCAUGUUGCUUUGCUAUUGUAAUUUAAAAUGUCAAACCAUAACUUUUAAGUCAACGGGUACCCUGUUAUCUAAGGCACUUAAUGUAGUAAUUGGCCAAAGAACUAAAAUAUAUUACUGAAUAAACUGCAACUAUUUUUAUCAAAGUAAUUGCAAGCAGAGGUUGGUUCUAUCAGCUCAUCUGUGUGAUGCGAAUCAGGCAAGCCUGUCAACAUGGCAACCUGGUAAAUUCAAGAAUGCUGACAAUAAACAAUUCUGUUACCCUAGCGUUAAUACUAAUAUAUGGCCUGCUAAAUGGUAAAACUCCUCUCACAGAGUACAGGUUUAUGUGAGUGCUCUCUGAAUGAGAACAUCACCCAUAAUUAACUUCUCUAAAGAUGUAAUGAAGUAGUAAGUGUGCUCUGGGAGCCAUAAUUUGUCUUCAGUAUGCCCUGUUAUCAGGAGAAAAGAUGCAUUCUCAGCUACUACUUCAAUUUUAAAGGCAGUUAACUAUUGGAGUCCCUAGCUAUUGUUUAGGUAAUAUUUUAAGGUUGUUGAAGGAUUUUAAUGAAGCAAAAAGCCAAAUCGCGAUACAUUCUGUAAUUAUGCUUAUUUUUACUUUUGCAGAAUACCAAACUAAAAUUGCUUCAGUAGACUUCCUUGAUAUGACCACUGUCUGCUGCUAUAAUUGUAGACACAAUGGGAAAAACAAAGAGGAAUUUUCUCUCUUUAUUAAAUGAAUGUGGUGCCUGGGACUACCUUUUAAAUUUAUCAGUGGCAAACUUGUUGGCCAAUUUUAAAAACAAUCCAAUUGUAUCUGAGGUUGGUGACCAUAAUUUACAAUUUGUUUUCAAAUUUGAAUAAUGAAUAUUAAAUGUGCCCAAGUACCCAUAAAACUUGUGCUGUCUGGUGUUUCACAAGCCACUGUAACAUAAAAUGUAGCAAUGCUUUAAUGAAAAUUAUCAGUCAACUUCUGAGAAACUCUGGAAAGUAUGACCACUUAUGCAUUAUUAUUUUAAAUUGUAAAGUUUAACUAUUAUUAUUUUAGUAGAAUGAUUAUCCAUUGAAUAUCAUUGACAUGUUCAGUUUAACCAUCAAGGAUUACCUGCUGCUCCAGUUAAAUCGAUUUAAUCCAGAGCAAUGCAUCAGUUUUGUUAAAACAAGAAAAAAAGCUAACUAUAAUAUUAGACUGGCAAAAGGCAGAGUCAUAUAAAACUAUUCCUCCAGUUGUUUAUUCACUUGUACAUUCCAAGACAAAAGCAUAAUAUACAACUUUGAGAAUUGGUAUUUCUUUAUUGGUAUUUCCUGUGACCUGACCCAAUAAUCUUAUAUUGAAUAACAUUGAAAGAUGCUUCCUAUCCCAAUUUAAAAAUAUGAAUGCUUUGAGAUACGGUUGACAGUAAAUUAGAGUUUUGGAUAUAUAACAUGAAAAAUCCUUGCAACAGCGUCCUAUUUCUUACAAUUCACUUAUAGUUUAAUUGACCAAUGUUUUAGAGCACUUUCCCUAUCCAGGAACAAAAUAAUUUAUCACUCAUUAGAUUGUGACUCCAUUUAUAGGAAAUAAGUUAAAGAAAUAUGUGGAAAUAAGUUUUUUUUACAAUUUCCAUCAAUUUUGAAGACUUAAUUUUUGUUCAGAAAAAAAUCGCUAAUAUAAAAGAGCUAAUGAUUAGAUUUUGCCAGAGCAUCAAAUAGUCUAAUCUAUGCAGUAUAAAGACGAGAAAAUCUGCAGAUGCUAGAAAUCCAAGCAACACACACAAUAUGCUGGAGAAACUAAGCAGACCAGGCAGCAUCUAUGGAAAAGAGUGAACAGUUAAUGUUUUGGGCUGAAACCCUUCAUCAAGGAAGAGGCAGAGUUUGUCAUUGAAAUAUCAAUUAAACUUGAUACCUGUACCAGGCUGGAAGCCUGAGAAGAGUUUAUCUGUCAUAUAUGCCGGGAAAGCAGUAGACUCUUUUUCCACAAUGAAAACCUUUAGAUAAUCUUAUACUACAUACAGCAUGUUUACCUGCAUUGGUCUAUAUUCUUCUAGGCCUUUCCUAUCCAUGUACUGUACCUGUCCAAAUGUCCUUAAAAUGUAAUUGUACCCAUCUCUCCCAUUUCCUCUGAUAGCCCAUUCUCUAUACCAACUACUCUCUGCAUAAUUAAGUUUUUCUUUUUAUAGAAACAUAGAAAAUAAGUGCAGGAGUAGGCCAUUCGGCCCUUCGAGCCUGCACCGCUGUUCAGUAUGAUCAUGGCUGAUCAUCCAACUCAGAACCCUGUACUUGCCUUCUCUCCAUACCCCCCGAUCCCUUUAGCCACAAGGGCCAUAUCUAACUCCCUCUUAAAUAUAGUCAAUGAACUGGCCUCAACUGUUUCCUGUGGCAGAGAAUUCCACAGAUUCACCACUCUCUGUGUGAAGAAGUUUUUCCUCAUCUCGGUCCUAAAAGGCUUCCCCUUUAUCCUUAAACUGUGACCCCUCGUUCUGGACUUCCCCAACAUCGGGAACAAUCUUCCUGAAUCUAGCCUGUCUAAUCCCUUUAGAAUUUUAUACGUUUCAAUAAGAUCCCCCCUCAAUCUUCUUUUAAUUUUUUUUCCAUGGUGUUAACUGGUGACUGUAAAUUGCCCUUAGCAGACAUGUGGAGAUGAUAAAAAUAAAAGAAUGAAUGUAGGAUUGGUACAAAUGGGUGGUUGAUGGUCAGCAUGGAUUAAGUGACUGAAGGGUCCAUUUCCAUUCUGUGACUUUCUAUGACUCUACAAUCUGAUAACAGUGUCUAUAAAAAGCCUUCACCACUCAUCCCCUGCCCCCAGAAGUUUUCAUGUUUUAUUGUUUUACAACAUUGAAUCACAGUAGAUUUUAAUUUUGCUUUUUUGACACUGAUCAACAGAAAAAGACUUGUGUCUCAAAGUGUAAACAGAUCUCUACAAACUGAUCUAAAUUAGUUACAAAUAUAAAAUAAAAUAAUUGAAUGUACUAGUAUUCACCCUCCCCACCCCUUUAAUAUGACACACCAAAUCAUCACUGGUGCAGCUAAUUGGUUUUAGAAGUCACAUUAGUUAAAUGGAGAUCACCAUGAGCAGUCGAUGUGUUUCAAUUGAUUGUAGUGAAAAUACACCUAUAGCUGGAAGGUCCAACUGCUGCUGAGUCAGUAUCCUGGCAAAAACUACACCAUGAAGACAAAAUAACACUCCAAGCAACUUCAGGAAAAGGUUAUUGAAAAUCACCAAUCAGGAGAUGAAUACAAGAAAAUUUCCAAGUCACUGAAUAACCCUUGGAGUACAGUUAAGUCAAUGAUUUGUCACAUGGUGUGAGCAGAAUUUUCUGCAGCUUAAUGUGAAAAAGACUAAGAGCUGGUGUAGACCUGAGGAGAGCUAAGGUACCGGUGACCCCUGUUUUCAUCCAGGGGGUCAGUGUGGACAUGGUGGAGGAUUACAAAUACCUGGGGAUACGUAUUGACAAUAAACUGGACUGGUCAAAGAACACUGAGGCUGUCUACAAGAAGGGUCAGAGCCGUCUCUAUUUCCUGAGGAGACUGAGGUCCUUUAACACCUGCUGGACAAUGCUGAGGAUGUUCUACGAGUCUGUGGUGGCCAGUGCUAUCGUGUUUGUUGUUGUGCGCUGGGGCAGCAGGCUGAGGGUGGCAGACACCAACAGAAUCAACAAACUCAUUCGUAAGGCCAGUGAUGUUGUGGGGAUGGAACUGGACUCUCUCACGGUGGUGUCUGAAAAGAGGAUGCUGUCUAAGUUGCAUGCCAUCUUGGUCAAUGACUCCCAUCCACUACAUAAUGUACUGGGUGGGCACAGGAGUACAUUCAGCCAGAGACUCAUUCCUUCAAGAUGCAGCACAGAGUGUCAUAGGAAGUCAUUCCUGCCUGUGGCCAUCAAACUUUACAACUCCUCCCUUGGAGGGUCGGACACCCUGAGCCAAUAGGCUGGUCCUGGACUUAUUUCAUAAUUUACUGGCAUAAUUUACAUAUUACUAUUUAACUAUUUAUGGUUCUAUUACUAUUUAUUAUUUAUGGUGCAACUGUAUUGAAAACCAAUUUCCCCCUGGGAUCAAUAAAGUUUGACUAUGCCUAUGAUCAAGAAAUGGAAAAAAUAUGGCACAGCUGUAAAUCUGUUUAGAGCAGGCCAUCCUCAAAAACUGGGCGACCAUGCAAGAAGUGGACUAGUGAGGGAGGUCACUAAGUGACCUAUGACAACUCUGGAGGAGUUUUUUGUGAAUACAUAUGGAAGCUAUAACUUGUGUGUCUUCUAAAGGCGAAUUAAAGAUACUGAUGAUCUAAUUAUCGCCCCAAGAAUUGAAUUUGAUUGAUAACAAGCUUCAGAGGCUGAGAUUGGAAAGACUGCAUACAACUGUUGCCAGGAUGUUUCACCAGUCACAGCUUUAUGGGAGAGUGGUAAAGAGAAAGCUACUGUUGCACAAAAAAAAUUCUCAUGAAAUCUCAGGUAGAGUUUGCCAGAAGGCAUGUGGGGAGACUUUCAAGUCAGCUGGAUGAAAGUUCUAAGGUCUGAUGGAACCAAAAUCGAGCUUUUUGGCUGUCAGACUAAACGCUAUGUUUGGCAUAAUCAAAAACACAGCAUACCUACAGUGAAGCCUGGUGAUAGCUGCAUCAUGCUAUGGGGAUGCUUCACUGCAGCAGGCCCUGGAGCUUGUGAAGGGAGAGGAUAAAAUGAAUGCAGCAAAAUACUGGUAAAUCCUAGAGGAAAACCUGAUGCAGUCUGUAAGAGAACUGUGACUUGGGAGAGGAUUUGUUUUGCAGCAAGAUAAUAACUCCAAGCAUAAAGCCAAAGCUACACAGGAAUGGCUUAAAAACAAGAAAGUUAAUGUCCUGGAGUGGCCAAGUCCAGACCUCAGUCCAAUUGAGAAUUUGUGGCUGGACUUAAAAAGGGCUGUUCACUCACAACCCCCCUGGAAUUUGACAGAGCUUCAGCAGUUUUGUAAAGAAGUACGGGAAAAAAUUGCAGUGUCCAGAUGUGCAAAGCUGAUAAGAGACCUAUCCACACAGAUUCAAGCCUAUAAUUGCUGCCAAAGGUGCAUCUACUAAAUACUGACUUGAAGGGGCUGAAUACACAAUCAAUUACUUUGUGUUUUAUAUUUGUAAUUACGUUUGUAAUUUAGAUCACUUUGUAGAGAUCUAUUUUCACUUAGACACAAAAGUCUUUCUGUUGCUCAGUGUCAAAAAAGCCAAAUUAAGUCCACUAUGAUUCAAUGUUGUAAAACAAUAAAAAAUGAAAACUUCCAAGGGGGAUGAAUACUUUUGAAAGGCAAUAUACAAUCUUUUCAAUUGGGCACAAUAUAACAUGUUACUACAAAUCUCUUUUUUGUGAAUACAUAUGGAAGCUAUAACUUGUGUGUCUUCUAAAGGCGAAUUAAAGAUACUGAUGAUCUAAUUAUCGCCCCAAGAAUUGAAUUUGAUUGAUAAUUGAUUUACUAAACUUUGAAGAUGAGUAGGUAACAUACUCAAGCUAAUAUAUAGCAACAGUAAAGAACAUUCCAACUUUAAAGUGUAAUGGAUGCUAGUGUUUUUGCAAUGAACCUUCUUAAGAUUACUGAUGAUCACCAUCUUGCAGUAUUGUCAACUGGGAUCAUUUGGUAACAUGAUAGUCUUGACGAAAUAAAAUUCUUCAUGGACCUUCAUGUGCUUGAUGCAUUGCUAAUUGUUACUUCUGUAUAUUUUUGUAAAUUUUGGUUACUGUAUCAUAGCUAAAUUAAUUUUCUAGUGGAAUAAAAUAAAAC